GUCAGCCACCGCCAUUCAAUUGUUCUAAACUGGUAGGCUCGGCGAACAUGGACUCCCAUUCAAUUGAUUUCCAGACCGAGUACUUAUACUCGUUUCCAGUUAUUUGGCUGGUACACAAUACCCUUGACUCCCCCUUAUAUCUCGUUCAGUACGACAUCCGUCAUGACUGAAUUUGCUGGGAUGUUCCAUGAAGAUAUCUCCAGUCCUGACGGCAGUCCCGACCUGUGGAUGGCUGACACUUCAUUUGCGUCUUAUGCCCCUGACAAUUAUUCCACCAUGUAUGGCACCGAUGGACUCGGAUACCACUCGGAUUUCAAUACUAUGUCCCCCAGUAUCGGAAGCAGUUCCACAAGCUCUCCUGCAUCUGACUGCUUCGAACUCCAACCCUCGGUCGAGCCCGCAUACGGGCUUGGUAUCUCUCAGUGGUUCAGCAGUGACGAAGAAGGACAGUUUGAUGCCCUAGGCUUCGUGCGUGCAGAACGCCCUUCACCGCAGAUCCUCGUGGAACAAGCACCUCUUCGUACCGUGUGUAUGUCGGACGUUGUCAUCCCCAACGGAUCAUCAUUAUCUCCGUCAUCCCUCCCGCCGCCCCAGCCUAGCUCGGACAAUCUGCCUUCCAUGCCUUCUCCCCCCAUUCGUGCUCCUCGUUGGCAGCGCCAGGGCAACCAGCUAUUCGAAGAAGACUCUGACGCCGAAAGCGAUGGAGACUUAUACUACCCCUCUGACGCAUCCGACUCUCCCGUCUGCCGCUCAGCUGAUCCAGCUUCACCCCUAUUUCAGUCUUUGCCAGAACCGCCUCAUCGUCGCAGACGCCAGGACGUCAGUCUUCCAAUCCCUGUUCCCAAUCUGACAAAGAAGUCCCGCGGACGCAAGGUUCCAGUCUCUUCAGGGGGUGGUCCCGUCUACGCACGCAGCAAAGACAGGUCGAAGAAGGGCACCAGGACAUAUACCUGCCACGUCGAUGGCUGCAGCAAGUGUUUUGUCAGAAGCGAGCACCUCAAAAGGCACAUCCGGUCCAUUCACACGAACGAUAAACGUGAGGCAGACGUUUCUGCUUAUCCUGCAUGCCAGAGUGACUGAUUUUUUUAACUGA